AUGUACAAGGUCAAGGCCGUGUACGACUACUCGUCUCCCCACGAGGACGACCUCGACUUCAAGGUCGGCCAGGUCAUCACCGUCACCGAGGAGGAGGGUGCCGACUGGUAUGUCGGCGAGUAUACAGACAAUGGCGGCACCAAGCAUGAUGGCCUCUUCCCCCGCAAUUUCGUCGAGCGCUACGAACCAGAGCCGCCGCCACGCCCCAACCGGGCCUCACGUUACAAGCCAUUGGAGCCACCGGCUGCACAGGAAGCUCCCCGCACUCCCCAGCUGCCUCAGCAGGAGCCUGAGCCAGCUCAACCCGAAGAGCCUGAGCCUGAGCCGCCCAAGCCCCAGCUGCCUCCGGUAGAGGUCCCCGCUAUCGCCAAAAACACUCCUCUACCAAUGUCACCCAUGUCGCCUCCCUCUGCGUCUAGUGCAAAAGCUCCAGAGCUUCCUCAAUCGCAGUCUGAAACGUCGAAACCUGCUGCUCCCGCCAAAAAGGCGCCUCCCCCCAUCGCGGCAAAGUCCAAUGCAUUCCGGGACCGCAUCGCUGCCUUCAAUGCUCCAGCUGCUGCCCCAAUCCAGCCAUUUAAGCCAUCUGGCGGUGCACCCACCAACUUCAUUAAGAAGCCUUUUGUCGCUCCUCCGCCGAGUCGUAAUGCAUACGUUCCUCCUGCUCGCGAAGCUCCACCAAUCAAGACGUACCGCCGUGAAGAAGAUCCAGAGAUCGCAGAGCGCCAGGCACGGGACCGCGAAGAUGCUGAGCGUGCUGGACUUGUUGGCCACAACGCCCUAAAUUUAAAUGAGGGCGAGGAAGAGCAACAGCCCAAGGUCAGCUUGAAGGAAAGGAUUGCCCUUCUCCAGAAACAGCAGCAAGAGCAGGCGGAAAGGGCUGCUGCAAUGCUCAAGGAGAAGCCCAAGCGGCCACCGGUGGCGAAGAGAAUCGAGCCCCAAGAGUCACAAGCUGAUGAUAGCGAAGACACUGGCUUGGAACGGGUCGGAAGCGGAACCUCCAAGCCUCGUGCUUCAGUAGACCAGGCUCGUCCUCGCACAUCACAAGACGUCAAGUCGCCCGAUGCACAGACUCGCAAUCGCGAGCUCGUCAGUGAAAACGACGCCGAUCAAUCAGGCGCUGGUGAUACGGAGGAUGCUGGGGCUGAGUCUACGAGCGUCGAAGAUGACGAGGACCGACCGAAGAGCAGGCAUGCGCCUCCACCAGCGCCUAGAGCUGCUGAUGCGCCGGCGCAACAACCCGAUGUUGGCGACGAGCAAGACGCUGUCGAAGAAGACGAAGAGGAAGAGGAAGACGAGAUGGAUGCUGAAACAAGACGCAAGUUGGAGCUACGCCAGCGUAUGGCCAAGAUGAGUGGCGGCAUGGGUAUGCCCGGUAUGUUUGGGGGUAUGCCCAUGGGAGCUCUUCCUCCAAAGCCUCCUAAACCGGCCAAAAAGAAGCCAAUCACGGAAAAAAAGGCAGAGGAAUCAGAGGGAUACACGUCCCCCCAGCAGCCGGUGCCCAUGUUCCGCAUUCCUCCAUUGCCACAGGCCCAGAGCAAGGAACAGGAUGACCGCUCGCUUUCUGUAGAAAAGGAAGAAGAGGCUCCACAGACGGUCACGAGCUCUCAUGCAGCAGAUGAGGUACCUGACGUCGAAGAUGUCGUUUCCCAGCCCACGCCUACAGGCGAUCAACCCCCGCCUGUUCCAUCAGACAGUAAGUUGAUGAUUCCUCGCAAACCGAUCUCAGCCUUCGUACACUGUAGCAAAGACUACCUUCAGCUGCCGUUUCCUGAGACACUGUCAAAGACGUAUGUUACCAGUGACGGUGUUUCGGAAUAUGUCAUGACUGUAUGCGUGUCUAAACGACCUGCUCCUCCACCAGUUCCAUCAGCAUCUCGCCCUAUUCCGCCGCCACCGCCGCCACAGGUCAUGUCCCCAGGACCUGGCUCUGAGUCUGGUGACGAGUUGACAGAUGCGGCUAAUACGCCAUCCGCUUCUGUCCAGUCGCCAUCUUCAAAACGUGUCUCCUACUUUGCAACUGGCGAGCAGCAUAACGAUUCAUCCGAGAGGCGUGCACCGCCACUUCCUCCAACAGGCCCUCCGCCUUCAACAGCAAGCCGGCCACCGCCGCCACCGCCGCCAACUUCAGCUCCCCCCUCCCGCCAUGGGGAUCAUCUUCAAAGAAAAAUAGAUCGCACUGAGGGAGAGACGGAUUAUGAGGGCGACUAUGAUACAGACAUGGCCCCUGAGGCAACGCACAAGGAUGCUUUGAAGUCACAUGCUAAAAGCUCAAGUGUCGAGGAGGACAUUAUAUCAGACGAGCCUACGCCAGGCCGGUCGCCAUUAAUACCUCAAGGUAUGCCACCUGUACCUCCUGUCAAUCGUGCGGUGCCGCCCCCUCCUCCCCAACAGCCGCCUCGAUCGUCAUUAGACGCUCCUCGUGCUCCUCUGCUACCACCUGGGCCACCACCGAAUCGUAAUGCUCAACCAGUGGAGGAGGAGGAUGAAUAUGACCCCUUCAAGUACAACGGCCCUCCUUCACUCACUGCAUCGCCUGCGCCUAGAGGAGUUCCGCCGCCACCUCCACCAAGUCAACCAUUCCCUCCACAGAGUCGUCCUCCACCACCUAUGCCGCCAUCUGUUCCUCCUUCUAUGCCUAAUCAAACAGCUGAGUCUGAGGAAGAAGACGACCUGUACUCUUCGCCUCCACCCCGAAAAUCUCAUGAUCGGCCACCACCUCCACCGCCCCAUGCUCCACCGCACCAGCAUGCUCCUCCACCCCUUCCCCACCAACAAGCACCGCCUUUUCCGCCUCAAGAACGAGCUGCCCCACCCCCACUGCCUCCUCAGCCAAAAGAGUUUCAAUCUCCGCAGAUGGCACCUAUGGACACACAGCCUCGACCAUUACCAAAUCGGAAGUCGUUUGAUGCGAGUCACAUGAUGGCUACAAGACAGUCUAUGGAUCAGCUUCGUUCAGGUUCAAUGCAACAUCAGGACUUUAUCGCCGAGGAACUAGACCUUGGAGCUACUUCCCAUUGGUGGACUCAACCUAACCUACUUCCUCCAUCGCUGCAGGGCCGCAAGGAUGUCAUGAUAGAUCGGAAAGAGUCGCAAUCUGGCAAUACUGUGGAGAAGUUGAUCAAGGUCCUCUACCUUGACUACUCACAAACAAUCAUCUCUGCUCGCUUCGAGGCCAAUAAUGUCUCUGAUGUGGAACUUGAACAGCACAAGGAACCACCUCCUCCCCGUCUGCGUCCGGAUCAGCUGGAGAAUGCUUACGAGCAGUUUGGCCGACAGAUUGCCAAGGCUAUCGAAUCCAAGCAGAACACGGUCGUCGGGAAUGGUUCACCUUAUGUUCUUAUUGAAGAAUUGCUCAAGCCUUUUGGUGACGCCCUUCCACCCGUCUCGACCCGCUCAUAUGGUGCGCUGGUUUAUGCCAACCUGGCUAAUGCAUCAACGUUAUCUUUCGACGAGAUACGCCCUGGUGACAUUAUAAGCUUCCGCAACGCUAAGUUUCAAGGCAAGGUUGGACCCAUGCAUGGCAAAUACAGCAUGGAUGUUGGUAAGCCCGAUCACGUGGGUGUGGUGUUGGAAUGGGACGGCAGCAAGAAAAAGGUGCGAGCGUGGGAACAAGGGCGUGAGCACAAGAAAGUCAAGCCUGAGAGCUUCAGGAUGGGUGAUUUGAGAUCUGGUGAGGUACGAGUUUGGCGUGUCAUGAGUAAGAGUUGGAUCGGAUGGAACUGA